AUGUACAGCCUGACUUUCCACCCCAUCGAUGAGGACCUCACUGCCUUGAUCCAGGUGGCCAUCCGCGAUGCUUCGCAGCACGUGGAAGUGGCGGAGAAGCUUCAACAGCUGCGCGUGCUCUGCGGCGAUCUCCCUGGCUCUGGAUGGGUACAGCCGCAAGAUCCCAGAGUACUGCUGAGAUUUCUCAUCGCUCGAAAGUGCGAUGUUGAGCGAGCUUUGGACAUGCUUCACUCAGUGCUGGAGUGGCGGCAGGAGAAUGCAACAAGCAUGCUGUCAUCCUGGGGUAAAAGCGAUCAAGGCAAGCAUGAGAAGUUCGAUCUGUAUUGGAAGCCCUUGGGCUAUGCUGGCUUGGACCAUGAGGGUGAUCCUGUGUUUUACGAGCGUGUGGGGCAGAACGAUCUGCAAGGCCUGCUGAAUUGCAAUCAAGAGUUUAUCCGGGAGCACAGCAUCUACAACGCAGAGUGCGUUUUCGCCAGCCUGGAACUCGCAAGACGAAAGAACUUGAAGAAAGGCAGCAGCCGCGGCUUUCAGUUGACUGUGGUGGUCGACUUGGAUGGGUUGGACCUCAGCUUCAUGGACCGGCACGCCCUUGCCAUGCUCCAGAUGGUGGGUCGGGUGGAGUCGGACAACUACCCUGAAGGCCUCAAGCGGGUCAUUAUCAUCCGACCUCCUUGGAUUUUUCCGUUGAUUUGGCGUGUGUGCCGCCCUUUUCUGGAUCAGGGAACCAUCGACAAGAUAGAAGUUGUGCACGAAGGCGAGACAACUGAGACACUGCUGAGACAUAUUCCUGCAAAGCAUGUGCCGAAGGCACUGGGUGGAGAGUGGUUUGAUGGCGAUGAUGACUAUUGCGCCAGAUUUAUAGCUCCUGGUGGCACUAUACCUCAGGAGAUCAUCGACAUGACUUUUCCUGACGCGUGA